AUGGUGAAUUCUAUUCUUAGUGACCUUUCUGGCCAGUUUAUUUUUCCACGAGAAGGAAAAACCUUAAAAAAAAAUAUUUACUUCCCUACUACUGACGAGUUUCUAAAUUUAGAUAUUGAAGAGAUAGUAUCAAAAUCUUUAAAAGAUGCAAUUUCCAAAGCCAAAGAUUUGGGAAUAGAACCAACCGAAAAGGAUUGGAACGAAAUUCACAUUCCAUUGCGUUACGAUGAAUGUUUAAAUUUAGAAGAGAGCAGCAGUUUUGGUGAUAAUACCGACCAAAUAGAACAAGAAAUCGAUGAAGGUUUCUUUUUACAAGAUGGAACUGAUGAUUUAGAGAUACAUUCUAUAUCGGAAAACGAACCCGAAAGUCAAGCAGAAAGUAGCAAUAGAAUGGAAAAAUUAGAACUCCGAGACUAUUCAAGAAAAAUCAAAAAUGUAGAUGAACAUUCAAAUUUUUUAAAAUUAGAGCUGAAUGGAAAAACAGUGGUAAUAAAAAAAUCGUCAUAUAUUUGGUUGCUUGAUGAAAAUGAAGGAAAAAUAAGCAAUGAUAGGUUGAAACGGUUUAUUAUCAAUAAUAAAACCAAGAAUAAAACAAAUACAAAAAAAGAAAUCAAGAAAAAAAAUCCAGGUACAAAAAAAGUUUACAGAAAGAAGAAAAGAGUAAGCGCCGAAUCAGACUCUUCGUCUAAUGGAUCGUUUUCGGAAGUUACACUCCAUGACAGUACAUCAGAUGAUUCUGAAACGUUUUCAGACUUAGAGACUGAGUUAGAGACCAACCAGGAGCUGAGUGAGCAAGAUCACGAAAUUAUUAAUAUAAUAAUAGAUACUUAUUACGCGGUAUUUUACGAUAGCAAGUAUUAUAUUGGCCGAGUUAUAGAGAUAAAUGAUUCAGAUGUAAAAAUGAAGUUUCUUAAAAAGGAGCUAAACGUAUUUUCUUGGCCCAGAAUAGAAGAUAUUGCAUUUGUGGAAAAAGAGUUUAUUUUUUACGGACCUAUAAAUCUCUCUGGCUCAGGACCCUUUCAAUUAAAAACAUAUGAUCUUUUAAAUAUAGAAAAGAAAUACAAAGAAUUUAAAAGUAAAUAG